AUGGCGGCGCCAUUCCGGGCGCUUCCGCCUGGCGUCUACUUCAACCCGACGGCGGAGGAGUGCGUGCGCGACUACAUCAAGCCGUGGGCCGCGGGCGUGCCGCCGCCGACGGACCGGGUCAUCUGCGACGUGGGCGUCUACAGCGACAGCCCUGGCGCGCUGCUGCUGGGGCGCGAGCCGGGCUUCUCUCGGGGGUUCGACCACAAGUGGCUCAUGCUCAGCCACUGCGGCGGCCGCGGCAAGACGGCGGCGGGCCGCGGGAAGCGCGUAGUCGCCACGGGCGGAAGCUGGCAGUCGGAGCAGACGCCCAAGGGCGUCCUCGGUGCCGCGGGCGGCGAGGACGAGGACGAGCAGCCCCACGGCGGCAGGAGGCGCUCCUUCGGCUUCUACGUCGGCAAAAAUGGGAGGAAGAGGGGAGAGAAGACGCCGUGGCUCAUGGAGGAGUUCACCGCCUUGGAGGACGGACACGGCGGAGGCGACGGGACCUUCGUGGUGUUCUGCAGGAUCUACCUCUCGCCGCGCCUGGAAAAGGAGGACAAGGAGAAGAAGCGGCAGAUCCUCGGGGACGAUAUGGUCGCCUUCGACCGCAACGGCAAAUUGAAGCCGCCGGUCAGGGUCGUGGUGUCACCGGAAUUGUUCGAUGCGGCCGCCCAAGGGCAGGUCCCAGCGCCGCCGCGCGUUCUUGGAUUUCAGCAAGCCCAGCCAGCGCGGCGCGUUCUCGGACAUGAGCAAGGUGAACCGCCAACGCCAUCGCCAUCGCCAUCGCCGCGCUUUCUUGGAUAUCAACAAGGCCAGCCCGCGGCUCCGCCACUGCUGCGCUUUCUUGGACAUCAACACGGGCAGGCCGCUGCGACGCCAGCCGUUCUUGGAGAUCACCAUGGCCGGGCCAUGCUGCCGUGGGGCGUUCCUGCUCAUCACCAUGGCCACGCCGCCGCCGCGCCCCAUCAGCGAUUUCUUGGUUAUCGACAAGGCCAGGCCGCCGUGCAGGGCGGUCCAGAUGAAUACUGCGGCACCGCCGUGCAGCCGCAGCUGCUGCACGUUCUUGAUCCAUGUUACAACCAGGAAGCCUCGCCGAGCGUCCGUCUUGUUGAUCCCCAGCAAAGCAAGGGGAUGACCCAUACGGAGAAGAAGCCGCGGCUGGCGUACGGUUCGCCGCCGCCGCCGCCUCAGAGCUCGGACAGCGGGCCUUCGAGCUGCGUGGUCCAUAUUUCCCCGUCCCAAGAACAAGGCGUCGUGAUCCAAAUCCACGACGACAACCAAUGCAGCGCAGAGCCCGUGGCCCCUACACUGCCCCCGCAAGAGAUCCCUGGGACGGCCACGGCGGGGUCGGCCGAAGCCGAACCCCCGUGCGACGCGUGGGCCCCUGCACCGGCGGAGCUCGCCGACGACGCGGGGAAGGCAGGCGCAGAGCCGAUGCUUGAUCCUGGCAUCUACAUGAACUUGGUGGAAUUGGAACCAUUUAGUGAUGCCGUGCCGGACUUCCUGGUGCACGGUGAGUUCAAUCCCCCGUACGACGACGACCCGCCGCCGCCGCCGGGUUUCGACGAGUUUCAAUUGGUGGAAUUAGGCGUAGUGUUUGAUGAUUUGGUGAAAUAG